CACGUUCUCGCCCAAGUGGUGCCUGCUGCCUUUCCGGCCAUGGGCGAGCCGUCUGCAGAUGUGCGAGCUUUCCUGCUUCAGCACCCAAGCCUGCGGCUGCUGCCCGGCACAGACAGGGUGCGCUGCGCCCUGACGGGCCACGAGCUGCCCUGCCGCCUGCCCGAGCUGCAGGUCUACACCCGCGGCAAGAAGUACCAGCGUCUGGCGCGCGCUCCCGCGGACUUCGACUACGCCGAGUUCGAGCCGCACGUCGUUCCUAGCAGCAAGCACCCGCACCAGUUGUUCUGCAAACUCACCCUGCGCCACAUCAACAAGUCCCCUGCGCACGUGCUGAGGCAUACCCAAGGCCAGAGGUACCAGAGAGCCCUAAGGAGAUAUGAGGACUGUCAGAAGCAAGGUGUGGAAUAUGUCCCUGCCUGCCUGCUGCACAAGAAGAGGAGGGUGGAAAGCCAGGUGGACCGGAACCAGCCACCGGGCCUGAGAGAAGCCUUCUGGGAGCCUCUUUCCAGUGAUGAGAGUGGAGCCCUGAGUGAUGACAGCAUGACAGACCUGUAUCCACCGGAGCUCUUCACCAGAAAGGACCCAGGAGGACCUGAGGACCUGGAUGGUGCUGAUGCCUUUCUGACUGACCAAGAGAAUGAGGAGCUGAAAUCCCCAAGAAUGAAGGGCACAGGGGACAGAAGAGAAGCUAAAGUGGACUUGAAGCAGGUCCAUAAGCGCAGAAAGAAGCACCUGCACUCACUGACGAAGAAGCUCAAGAACCAUCACCACAAGCGCAAGAGCUUUGGCUCCUUCAAGCAGUCGGGUUAAUAAAGGUUGUGGGGACAGCUUUUGGUGUCCUUGGAACUCUA